AUGGUUGUUACCCCAACGCCGAGACCAAUCUUCAUAAGCCGGAGUAAUGUUUGGACCACUGCCUUUCGGCAAUUCAACAGACCCAGAUUUUCAGAGAGCUCUGGAAUGCUUUAUGUCACGUUUGCAAGUGAUGAAAUGGAGGAAGAUGCUGAAGAUUUGGGAGGGCCACGACGAGAGUUCUUUCGUUUGCUUGUGAGGGCUAUCUUCCAAGGCAGUGGAGCAUUUGAAGAGUCUCCCAACGGGUUUACUCCAAAGCUGAACAUAGCUCAUGUGCAAAACGGAGUGUACAGAACCAUUGGAAAGAUGAUGUCUACCAUAAUAGUCCAAGGUGGUGAACCACCAGCAUUCCUUGCACCACAUGUAGUGGACUACAUUGUGACUGAAGAUAUCCUGCAAGUACGUGUCACUCCUGAUGACAUAGCUGACGCGGAGUUAAGGGAUUCUCUGAAGAAGGUCAAACAAGCAAGCACAGUGGAUGAGCUAGAGGAAGCGCUGGACUGCUGUGACACAUGGAGAUUUCAGAUUGAGGGUCUUCCAAACCCAGUCACCAUGGACAGAAGAAAUGAAUUUAUUAGGAAUGCAACAUUGUAUCAUGUCAUCUUGCAUCAACAAAGUUGCUUCAAUCAACUGAUGGAUGGUCUAUCCUACUAUGGAGUACUUCCACUUCUGAGGGAACAUCGUAGCAUGAGAAUCUUUCUUGACAUGCCUGAGAAGAGAGAUGAGGUCACAGCAGAAGUUCUUGCUUGCCUCUUAAAGCCAAGCUACUCUGUCCUGGGCAGCAACAAAAGGCCAAAAGAGGAGCUCAUGGUUGUAAAGUUCAGAGAAUUUCUCCAGUGUGUGGAGAAUAAAGAGCUUGGUGAAAUCCUUGGGGCCAGAACACUGACUGAAGAAGAGAAGGACUUCGUUCAGAACUUGGGCCUCGGUCACAUCCUGGCUUUUGCAACAGGGAGCAGCAAAAUUCCAGCUGUUGGAUUCCAGCCAAAUCCCAAAAUAGUCUUCAUUCAUGACGAGAUUAAGCGUCAUCCGGUUGCGCACACCUGCUCAAAUGAGCUUCUCAUAUUUGUCAAUGCCAAAAACAUGGCUGAUGAUGACGAAUUUGAGUACUGCUUUGUGGUGGCCCUGAUGAAUGGAGCCUUGUUUAGCACCAUUUAA